AUGGCGACCCGCGAGUUUUCCGCCUUGUUGUUGGCGCUCCUGCAUGCUUCCAGCAUCGAGCUCGGCAGCGCAGACGGGCCCACGACAACAACGACGACGACAACGUCGACGCUGCUGGGGCGAGGAGUGGUCGUAGAGGGGGCCGGGAGAUCUCUCGUCAAUGGCGUCUACUUCGCGAGCACGCCCCACGCGUCCCACACCUGGGUGGAUCCUAACCAAGGCUACUAUGUGCUCAAGGAGGCUACGUCUGGCACCCAAACAGGCCUCAUCGACGUCUACUACAAUCAAGACUUUGGUGGCUGGAGGAUAGCUGCAGAUGGUCAAGAGAAUUAUCUUGCAGAUUGUCUUUCCUGUACCUGGUCGUCCUUGGCGGCAGGGGAGGACCCUGCCCCUUCCGUAUCCGCCUUCGGCGGCAGCGGCGACGGCAGUACCACCGCAUCCACGUCAUCCACAUCCCCGCUCCCGCCCACAGCUUUGCUCAGCAUGUGCCUCGUCUCACUUCUCUGCCUGCUCGCCUGUGACAUCGGCAUCGCUGGGGGCAUCCAGGUUCUGGAGCCAGCUUCCUUGAACCCAACCAAUGUCGAGCGGAUCCGACGCUACGGCGGCUCCACCUGCGGCGCCAUGCCCUGGCCAGAGGACCACCAUCAAGAGAACGAUUGCCGCUUGGAGCGGCUGGAGAAGAUGAUGUCUCGCGCAGUGAAGCAUCUCUCCAGUGACAGGAAACGCCAGCACAGCCGCCUGACAAGUGGCUACACUUCCUCGGGAGGCUCCUCCCUGUCCUCCGCCUCCGAUGACCGCUCUGAAAGCCAUGACUCAGAGCACUCCUGA